AUGUAUGUAUGGGGAUCACGUGUGCAGUGGAUUACUGAAUAGUGAGAACCGUAUCUGCCGAAAUACAAACGGAUCCUACCAAUGUCCAUGUGUGGAAGGAAAGUAUGAUCAACAUUGUUCAGACAUUGACGAAUGCAAGACGAACAAGGACGUCUGCAUUGAUGUUGAGAAUAGCAAUUGUACAAACACUGAAGGAUCAUUUGAAUGCCGGUGCAGAAGAGGCUUUGCCGGACCUCAGUGUCAAGAUAUCAAUGAAUGUACAGAUGAAGCUGACGUGUGUAGCGGUGAGAUCAAUAGUGAGAAUCGUGCUUGUGCAAACACCAAUGGGUCCUACAAUUGUCCAUGUUUGGCAGGUAAUUACGACGUCAACUGUUCAGGUAUAGCCACUACAACUGUUAGAUCAAUCACAACAGGAGACGCGAGCACGAUUACCAUGUCUCAGACAACGGUCUAUAUUCUGGUGGCAGCAACUUCCGUCCUUGCAGUACUUCUUGGUGUCAUAACUCUAGUGUAUUGUUUGAAGACGAAGAAAAGAAACCAAACUCAAUGUACAACCAGAGCAGUAAGUAGAGGUACAACAGCAUGGGAAGCACGCCAAGGUCAAGAGGUUGCUGCAACGCUGACGCCAAGUGAACUGUACGUGUUAUCCGAUUGUACUACUCAACUGGUGGUCAAUAACACGGCUACAACGGAAUUUUCGAACGUUGGCAACAUAGCGUCUUCCAGCUGUCCCAGCCAAGUUGACAUGACAGUCAAUCCUGUGUAUGACUUUCCUGUGUAUGAAGAAACUGCACCACCACCGACCAAGCAUGGGCGAAGCACCGCAACAAAUACAAUUGAAUGUAAACACAUGUACGAGGAGGUGAUUGCUUUCCCAAAGAAUUAAUCCCUAUCACAGAUUGACUAUGCACAACAUAUGUAAUACAAACCAGCAGAUGUGCAAGAAAGAAAAUAAUAUUUCCUUUUUCGCCCAUCUACGGAUUUUAAAAUUAAAUUUGGCAUAAUG